UUAAAUGAUCAUGUGAUAUCAACUUUACGGGUAGCGAUUUUCACCAAGAUUAUACUACUAGUGAGUGUCAAGACUUUUUCCGAAUUAACUAAAAAUGGUUUUAAUCUAUAAUAAUAGUUGUUAUAUUUGUGAUAACAUGGAUAUUCAGGUGCAAAGAGAAAUUUUAUAUUUCUCUGGAAAACAGAAAUGGAUUUUAUUCACUUAAAAGGUUCUGUCAUUUCCAAUACAAGACAUUCUCUAAGUAUAAAUAUUCUGAUAUUAGUAUGUUGGAUCCAGUUUAGUAUCGACGAUAACAAAAACAUCCAAAAUGUCUGCCGAGGAAGUUUAUGAGUCGAAGAUGAAAACAGACAGUUCUUCCUGUUAUAGGAUACAACCAUUGACAACAGAAAAACCUGCUGAUGGUAGCAUGAACUUUACCAUAAUGAAACAUCCAAAAGAAGCAUUGGAUGUUAUGAGUACUUUAAGACUCUUAACUAAAUUAUGUGAUGUGACAUUAGUUGUCGGGGAAGACAAAUAUUUAGCUCAUAAAAUUGUGUUAGCUGCAGCUAGUCCCUAUUUUCGUGCAAUGUUUACCGGUGGUAUGAAGGAAGAAGGCAUGACCACGAUUCCUCUUCAUGGAAUAACUGCAUGUACACUUGCAGUGUUAAUAGAGUUUGCAUACACUGCUGAAGUUCGUGUAAAUGAAAGGAAUGUGUGCUACUUAUUACCGGCCGCUACAAUGUUUCAAAUGAACCAUGUUGUGGAAGCAUGUAGUGUAUUUUUAGAACAUCAGUUAGAUCCUAGUAACUGUAUUGGAAUAGCAGAUUUUGCUAGUGAACAUGGGUGCCAUGAACUUGAAACAAAAGCUCGGGAAUUUAUUUUCAAAAAUUUCUCAGAAGUUGUACGUUGUGAUGAGUUUUUGACGUUAAAUCCUUGCCAAUUAAUAAGUUUCAUAAAACAUGAUGAAUUAAAUAUUCGGUGUGAAUCUGAAGUUUUUGAUGCUGUGAUACGAUGGGUGCAACAUGACUUAGAGAAGCGUGCUUGCAAAUUAGAGGGAUUACUUUAUGCUGUUCGUUGUCAUUUCUUAGCCCCUCAUUUCUUAGAAAAACAAUUAAACAAUUGUAAAGUUUUAAAGAAAAUGCCUCAAUGUCAGGAAUACUUGACUAAAAUUUUUCAAGGACUAAAAUUACAUCAGUCAAUACCCGAAAAACCAAGAAAACCGUGUUCACCUCUAGUUAUAUACACUGCUGGUGGUUAUCUAAGACAGUCCCUUAGUAAUUUUGAAUAUUAUAACACAUGUACAAAACAAUGGAAUCGUUUGCCAGAUUUACCGAAACCGAGAAGUGGAUUAAGUGCAUGUAUUGUAAAAGGUGCUUUUUAUGUGGUUGGAGGUAGAAACAAUUCUCCAGAUGGCAAUAUGGAUUGUAAUUCUUUAGAAAUGUAUGAUACUUUAAGGAAACAAUGGGUGACAAAGUGUCCUAUGUCUGUGCCAAGGAAUCGUGUUGGAGUAGGAGUUAUAGACAAUAUGAUUUAUGCCGUUGGUGGCUCUCAAGGCCAGCAACAUCAUUGUACUGUAGAAAGGUAUGAUCCCGACUGUGAUAUUUGGACUAACGUUGAUCCUAUGAAAACUAAAAGAAUUGGUGUUGGUGUUGCAUCUUUAAACCGUUUAUUAUAUGCUGUCGGUGGUUACGAUGGUUCAAAUAGAUUACGGAGUGCUGAAUGUUACGAUCCUGAAGUUAAUGAAUGGUCUCCUAUACCUCCUAUGAAUACAACAAGAAGUGGAGCAGGUGUUGUUGGUAUGGACAAUCAUAUUUAUGCAGUCGGUGGUUAUGACAGCAGCUCACAAUUAAAAUCAGUAGAACGAUAUAAUACUUGUACAAAAACUUGGGAAUUUGUAGCCCCUAUGAGGAGCCCCAGAAGUGCUUUAAGUGUAUGUGUAUUAAGUGGGAAGCUUUAUGUUUUAGGAGGUUAUGAUGGUAAUGACUUUUUAUCUACCGUAGAAUGUUUUGAUCCUGAUAAAAAUGAAUGGACAGAAGUGACCAAUAUGACAUGUGGUCGUAGUGGUCACGGUGUAACAGUUGGUGCUGAACCAUACCGUAGCUGAUAAUGGCUAAAUGGUUUGUACCAAAACCAGUCAUAAUAAUCCGGUUCUAUUUGUCAACAUUAUUUAUAGUUGUCAUUAAGCAAGGUGCCGUAACCAUAAUUGCCGAGAAUAGCUUUAGAUUUAUGUGUAUACUUGUGGACUGACUGAAUAUUGGUGCAUAUUAAAUUAUGUGUAUUCUAGAGGUGGAUUUACCAUGUGACAUUUGACCUCUGUCUAUCUGUGAUAAGCCUACGAAGCUCAAGAUUUGACCAGUAUAUAGAUUUUGUUGUAUAUCUUUGUCCAUGUGUUAUUACUGUCAGAAGAUCUGUAGAAAAUACCAUUAAUUGAUACAGAAAGUGUGAGACUGUAAAACAAAUAGUAUCUUUCUUUUCAUGCAUAACAUGUGAUAAAAUGACAACCAAUUGCAUUAGCAUGAUUAUGGGAUUCAGUUUUCAUCUUCUAAACAGUCUGAUCACUAAAGUCAUAUGUAAGCUAUAUUACCAGUAUUGUACAAAAAUUACAACCAAGGUAUGCAUACACAUUUUUGCGAAGAUGCCUCCAAAAAACUGAGAACAAUGCAUAGAACUGUUUAGUACAUACCAUGAUCCAAUUAUUUACCUUUUAAAUUCCAGACUUGCAUUCAUUUGUUGAUUUUAGGAAACAGUGGUUUUCACAUUUCUUAAUUAUAAAAUAUUUGUUGACAGUGUAAAACUGACAAAACCUUUUUUUUGCUUGGUUGUUGUCAAAAUUUCUUUAAUAGUACUGAAGGUCAUUCAAAUAAAUGUUCUGUUUUCAAUGUCUUAUCUGGGAUAGUUAUCUCCCUGCAUGUAAAGAUUACCCUUGCAAUAAUUCUAGGUGACUAUAUUCAAAGAAAAAUUUCUGUCAGACCAUUGGCAACAUUGUUUCCGGUGGCUGUCAAAAUUCCUCGAUUUCUUUAUCUAAGAACCUCAUUUUACAAACCUGCCUUGUAAAUUUACUUUUAAAUAUGUCCUAGAUUUGCUAGAAAUAUUUGCCACUGGAUGAUAUUUAAAUAACACUGAAGUAUUUGCAAUAUUAAGAAUUUAAUUCAGGAAAACUUCAAGAAAAAGACAUCCUUCUGUCUUCAAUUUCUUUUAAUUUUAUUAACAGAAACUUAGUAUCUGUGUUAGAUUUUAAAGCAGACUAUCUGGUGAAACUUUAAAAACCAAAAAUAAAAGAUAAUUUAGAUUUUGAUUUUAUAAGUAGAAUGGCUGGAAAACUGAGCAUUUGUAUUGAAUGAACUGAAUUUUUUUUUUUUACCACAUUUGUAUCCCAAAUUCUUUUUUUGACUACUGUUUGUCUCACUGUUGUUAGAAAUUGUAUUGAUAAGAAUUCCAAAACCAACAAUAUGGGUAACAAUUUGCGUCAUCUUUUUUAUACGAUCACUAAAAUUGGUCGUAUAUUGUUAUUUUAAUGUUUUUAAUAUGAAAUAUCCAACUUGAAAGAAGAAAACUAUGUAAAUAAUUAUUUUUUAUCAAAAAAAGAAAAUUAUACAGGUAAACAUAUCGGUUUGAUAAAAACAAAUAAUUUUCUGACCAAAGUGAGACAAACACUGUAGUUUUAUGUUUUUUUUGUUUAUUUGCCUAACAUCGGAUAGCUUUAUUUUACAUCUUUUGCAAUUUUCGUUUUUUAGUUUGUUGUAAGCCAAAGAUGUUAAACCGAAGAGCUUUAUCUGUAUCUAUCAAUUAUAUAAAUUUCAAGAUUUCUCUUAAAGAAAGGGAAGUAACUGUUUUUUGGAAAGUAAUAUGAGAAAAAAAACUGCUAAUAUGGACACUAUGUGCUCAUUGUAGCUUCAUUUUGCCAUUUGUUUAGUAAUGUUGUGAACCAUAAAUAAUAUGAUUGAAAAGGGCUUUCAAAAUAUUGUAAAUAAUCAAAUCAUAUAUGUGUCGUUACAAUCAUGGAUGUGUAAAUGUUUUGUUAUAAUGUUGUAAAAGACUAUAAUCAAAGGGAAAACUGAAAGUUUUCUCCUAACCAAAGGUGCUAUAGUUACAGUAAUUUGUGUUAUGUUUCUGUUUAUUUAUUAUUCUUUCUUAUUUUUAUACUUUGUUUUGUUACUCCCAUAAUACUUUGCAGUAUACUUCGAUACAAGCUGUUGUAAAAUCCAGUCCAAAAAACAAAGUGGACAUUUUCAUUUUUUGGUUACAAGUCUCCGACCUUGUUUUAAACUUUUAAAGAAUUGUAUAAUUUUACUUUUUUGUACAACCUGAUUGAAGUAAGAACACAUAUUUUAUUUCAGAAAUUUUCAAAUUUCAAUUUGAUUUCUAAAGGAUAAGUGACAUUCAGUUUUGAUUAUUGGUUAACAAUUUGAUGCUAAAAAAACAAUUAUUUCAAAUUUAAAAAAAAUAUAAAUAUUUGUAAAUUGAGAAAUGUCACGAACUUGUAAUCUAAAAAUAGAUCUAUAUCAGAUGGAAUUUCCUCAUUUUUUCCCUUUUUUAAUCCGGUUAUUUUAAGUUUAUGCACUGAAUAACACAUUAAAGUGUGUGCUCCAAAUCUCCUAUUUAAACCAUUAGAAAUAUCUGUUUGGUUGAGACUGCACUUAAAAUUCAUUGAAAUGUAUUCUGCGUUACAAGAAUAUAAAUUGUGUGUCUCUAAGUUAUGGUUAGAACAACUCAAAUAAUUGUUAUUUAACCACUGUAUCAGUAUUUUAGCAUUUAAUGCUGCUAUUUUUUGUUUUGCCAAAUUAAGAAAUUUGCAAUUCAUGACAUGAAAGAAACUUGCACUUUUUAUCAAAGAAAAGUCAGGUGUUCAUUUAAUUCAUAAAAAAUAAAAGUAUUGUUGAAUCUU